UGAUUCAAUAAAUAAGUGUAAGUUUGGUUCAAGCCCUUCCAAUAAUUCAUCUUCAAUUUCCCACUAACCCCACAAUGGCCACACCUCAUCAUCAUCUAGUGUUCAUCUGUAACCCCGCAAUCGGAAAUUUAGUUCCGGCAGUGGAAUUCGCCGUCCGAUUAGUCCAUCACGACCCUCGUUUUUUGGCCACGUUCCUCGCCCUCGACAUCCCUGGAAGACCCCUCGUCAAUGCCUACACCCAAUCACGUUUCUCUGCUUCCACUUCUCAAAACAUCCAAUUCAUUGCUAUCCCAUCUGCCCAACCCCCAUCUCCCGCUCUCUUCCAUUCCCACAUCGCCUAUUUGUCAUUGUAUUUCGAGUCUUAUAAGCCCCACGUCAAGCAAGCCAUUAUUGACCUCCACAAUCCCCAAAAUUCCGCCCGUGUCGUUGGGGUUUUUGUCGAUAUGUUCACGACGGCCUUCAUCGAUGUUGCUAAUGACCUCCAAAUUCCUAGCUACCUCUUCUUUGCGUCUCCGGCUACUUUUCUUAGCCUCAUGGUUCAACUACCUAAGAUGGAUCGUGACCGAGUUGAAUCCUUGAUCCGUGACUCGGAUGCUGAGUUUGUGUUGCCGAGCUUUGCUCACUCGCUGACUUCCAGUUUGUUGCCGUCCACUGUUUUGAAGACGCGGGAUGGUCUUUUCUGGUACGCCCAUCACGGGCGUAGGUAUGGCGAGACGAAUGGGGUUGUUAUUAAUUCGUUUACAGAGCUUGAGCCUCAUGCGCUGAGCUCGUUGGGUGAGAUUCCACCGGUUUAUGCUGUUGGGCCUUUGCUUGAUUUGGGCGGCCCAGCCCAGUGGCAGCCGUCUCGAGCCACCCACCAGAGCGUCCUGAAGUGGCUCGACGGUCAGCCUGAGCGGUCGGUUGUUCUGUUGAGCUUUGGGAGUAUGGGAAGUCUUGAUAAAGCUCAAAUUCGAGAAAUUGCCUUUGGGCUCCAACGGGCUGGGUUCCGCUUUGUGUGGGUCGUGCGUCAGCCGCCCAAGUCCCAGUUAGAGCACCCCGACGACUACUCCGAUCUAGACGACGUGUUGCCGGAUGGGUUCGUAACUCGCACCGCUGGCCUGGGAUUGGUCUGUGGGUGGGUCCCGCAGGUGAGUAUUUUGAGCCACGGUGCUAUUGGAGGGUUCGUGUCGCAUUGCGGGUGGAACUCGAUUUUGGAGAGCUUAUGGUUUGGUGUGCCAAUAGCAACGUGGCCGGUGUAUGCAGAGCAGCAAAUGAACGCCUUUGAAAUGGUGAAGGAAUUGGAAUUGGCGGUGGAGUUGCGGUUGGAUUACAGGGAAGGAAGCAAGCUGGUGACGGCGGAGGAGCUAGAGACAGCGCUGAGGCGCUUAAUGGACGGCGGCGAUGAAGUCAGGGCGAGGGUGAAGCGGAUGGGAGAGAAGUGCAGAACUGUCCUACUGGAAAAUGGUUCAUCGUAUACGGCAUUGAAUUCUCUGAUUGAGAAAUUAACGGCUCAGAUUUUGUAAUAUUUUGGCCUUGGAAUAACAAAAUAAAUAAAUAAAUUUGUAAUCUUUAUGGCA